AUGAUUAAAAACAAACUGAAGAAGAAAGCGGUUGGAAACGGAGGCCAAAGGAACGUCGCGUCUUUUUUCUCCAAGAAUAAGAGUCUGGGCCUUCCUCCACAGGAGAACAGGGUUCACAGCACAGGUUUCGAGAAUGUAGAUGUUAAAUCUAUCAUCCUCAGUCUCCUUGGAGCCAGUGACGAGGAGAACGAGAACGAGAAUGUUCCACCCUCACCAGGUCUGUCUUCUGUGCUGGAGACUCCUAACAGUCAAAUCAGGCACUCACACUUGCCACGGGAACCUUUGGAGGAGGUUUCCUCCACCGUGUCCGGUGUCACUUGCUCUGACCAGCUCCAGAACGAGGGUAAACUCACAACCAGGAGGCCUUUGCUUUCACCGCGGACAGGGGGAAGCUCCGGGGGCUUGGCCUCACUGUCUGCGCAGAGUUGUGCUGCUGAGAGCAGUCCUGUGAAACGUGUGUUGUGCAGCCCUGAGGAUGCGCAGAAACACCAAGCCAAGCGCCCAAAGACAACCACAGUGAAGAGGCCCUGCCUCAGCCCAGCCAGGAGGGCCUCCCAGCUGGAUGACUUCUUGGAUGGGUGCUUGAGUGCAAUUGGUGGCACAGCAGCACAAGCCAAGCAGGGGUCAAGCUCCUCAGCCAAGGACACGGACAACAAAGCAAACAGGGCUGGACACAUUCAGUUUCAGGGCACUGGAUAUGGGAGCCUCAAGACCAAGGCACUGUUGAAGAAAAAGGCACCUGUGCUGAAACCGUUUCUGGUCAAUGGGGUGUCCUCCAGCACCCCAAAUGCCAGUCUGAUCAAGGCUUCUAACAGCAGCUUCAGAGCAGAUGAUGAGGGAAAUGUUUUUACCAGAAUUGCUGAUCUGAAAGUAGAUGCAGGUUUACCAAGCCCUACUGACCAUGCUCGUUGGAAUGAGCAGGCUCUGACACAUAUUGCAUUGGGGCACCAGGGAUGUGACAAAAGGGUUAAGCGCUCAAGUGGCACUGAGGUGGAUGGUCAGCAGUACAAGUUUAGUAACAAAGGGAGUGUUGUGGACAUGUGUGCCUCCAAAGGUGGAUGUGGGGACACAGGUGGGAAUGGGGGUGUAUGCUCCAAGGGUGACAUGGGGACAGUGGAAGACUGCUGGUUUGAUGACAACAUGGAGCUGAGCCUGAGCAAGCCAGAAGAGAAGACAUCAAAAAACAUUCCGGCCCACAUACUCCUGUCCACGGGGCUUUUCAACAGAUACUGGGUUCUGGAUGUGCAAGAGAUUUCUGGUCCUCGAGGUGUUUCAGAGAAGCAUUUGACAGUCACUGCCUCCAAAACUGCCAAUCCAACAGAAGUUGUUAUACUAAAAGACGGCUGGGAGUCUGCUGCUGUUGCUGUGGGCAGUGUAGUUCAUCUAGAGGGGGAAUGUGUUUCAGGUGUCUGGACAAUUGACAGGACAUUUGGAUUCUUGGUCCUACUACCAGAUAUGCUAAUUUCUGGCACCAGCAUUGCCAACAGCAUCCGCUGUAUGAGACGUGCUGUGCUUGGGGAGAAGUUCAAGGCUUUUGAUGGAGGUUCCAAGCAGAUGCUCAAUGGAACCAUUGUCCAUGAAAUCUUCCAGAAAGCGGCGCUGUGUCGAGACUUCUCACUGGAGAGGUUGGAACAGUUUGCCAUGCAGGCACUUCAUGGGCCCAAAUACCUUGGAGAAAUGUAUAGCCUCGGUUUGACUCAAGCAGACAUGCGGCAAGAGAUACAAGAGUACCUACCCUCUGUGUCAGACUGGGCAAAUUCUUACCUCAGUGGUUCACUACAGGCUGGAAAAAAACAGAUGGCGCUUACUCUACCCAGUGAGGGAAGCAUAAGAAAGCAGGACACUGCCUGCAGUGUGACAGUCACUGACUUUGUGGACAUCGAGGAGAACAUCUGGUCCCCGCGCUUUGGCCUGAAGGGCAAGAUUGACCUGACUGCAGGAGUGCGGUUACACCGCAGGGGUCAGCUGCCACAGGAGAGGGUUGUGCCCCUGGAACUGAAGACAGGCAAGGAGUCCAACUCCAUAGAACACCGCAGUCAGGUCAUCCUGUACACCCUUAUGAGCCUGGAGAGACGCAGUGACCCAGAAGCUGGCUUCCUCCUCUACCUGAAAACUGGCAACAUGCAUCCUGUCGUGGCCAACCAUAUAGACAGAAGGGAACUGCUGAAGCUGAGAAACACACUGGUGCAUCACGUUGUCAACAGUGUGGUGCGAGGAGAGGAGGGCACACCACGCCUGGCGCCCCUGCCUGCUGUAACAGUUGAUCAGCAGGCUUGCAAGUACUGUCCCCAGAAGAGGAACUGCUCCCUUUAUAGCAGAGCUGUGGAGAGUGAAGGAUCAGAUGAUCUCCCAGCCCAGGGCCAGCCACCCUUCCUGGCACAGGAGAGCCAGCACCUAAGAGAGCGCCACCUGAAGUACUUCAGCCACUGGGUCCUGCUCUGUGCCCUGGAGGCCAGUACCAUGGAGAAAAAGGGGGGCCGGCAAAAUAUCUGGCUGCUGUCAACUGAGGAGAGGGAACAGAAUGGAGGGUGUAUUGGCAACCUCCGCUGGACUGGCCUUGUGAAAGCCCUGUCAGACAAUUUAUAUGUCCACCACUUUGAGUGCUGGGGCAGAGAAAAGAUUGAGAUGAGUCUGGUCAUGGGGGACAGGGUUGUGGUGAGCGACCAGGAGUUGAAGCUGAUUGCUGUGGCUGCAGGGUAUAUCAGUGAAGUGACCAAUACUGGAGUGACCUGCACACUGGAUCGCAACCUCUCAAAGUAUUCUCAUGAAACUUUGUUCAGACUGGACCAAGAUGAAGGGGUGGGAGGAAUGGACACUCAUUUGGGAAACCUUUCCAAACUGAUGGAAAACUCUGUGGCAAGUGAGAAGCUGCGGGAGCUGAUUGUAGAUUUCCGGCCCCCACAGUUCAUCCACUGCCUGAGUGACGUGCUUCCGCGAGGGGCCAAGGACACAGUCGCCAACAUCCUGAAAGGCCUGAAUAAACCUCAGAAACAAGCCAUGAAGAAGGUGCUGCUAUCUAGGGACUACACACUCAUAGUAGGCAUGCCAGGAACAGGAAAAACCACCACCAUCUGCACACUGGUGCGAAUUUUGCAUGCUUGUGGCUUUAGCGUGCUUGUGACCAGCUAUACCCAUUCUGCCGUGGACAAUAUCCUUUUGAAGCUGAAGAGGUUCAAAAUUGGCUUCCUGCGGCUGGGGCGGGCCCAAAAGGUGCAUCCUGACAUCCUGCCCUUCACAGAGGAGCAGCAGCGCCGCAGUCGCAAUCUCUGCACCCUGCCUGAGCUAGAGCAGUUGUACAGCAGUCAGCUUGUGGUGGCUACCACCUGCAUGGGCGUGAAGCACCCCAUCUUCAGCUGGCGGCGAUUCGACUUCUGCAUCGUGGACGAAGCAUCCCAGAUCAACCAGCCAGUGUGCCUUGGCCCCCUCUUUUAUGCUGAACGCUUUGUCCUGGUUGGGGAUCACCAGCAGCUUCCCCCUAUCGUCCAGAACCCAGAGGCCAGGGCUAUGGGCAUGGAUGAGAGUCUGUUCAAGCGUCUGGAGCAUCAUAGCAAUGCUGUUGUCCAGUUGAAUGUACAAUACAGGAUGAACAGUAAGAUCAUGUCUUUGAGCAACACGCUGGUGUAUGGGGGAAAGUUGGAAUGUGGAUCAGAGCAGAUUGCAAGUGCAGCGCUGCAACUUCCCACAAGGGGUGCUGUAGAGCAGGAGCUGGAACUCUACCUGAGCCAGGCAGAGUACAGUGACUGGAUCAGGGCAGCUCUGGAGCCACAGAAUGCAGUCUGCUUCCUGGACACUGCCCAGGUCCCAGCCCCAGAGACAGUGGAGAAGGGAGGAAUCAGCAACUACACAGAGGCUGCUCUUGUUCACUACAUAGUCAGCCUGCUGCUAAAGGCAGGUUGCAAGGCAGGCAACAUUGGUGUCAUCGCUCCGUACAGACAGCAGCUGAAGGCCAUAUGGAGCCUGUUCAAGAGCCCAGCCUUCAAUGCAGUGGAAGUCAACACCGUGGAUAAGUACCAGGGACGGGACAAGAGUGUCAUCAUCGUUUCCUUUGUUAGAAGCAGUGAAGAGGGUGAUCUGGGGGAGCUGCUGAAGGACUGGCGCAGGCUGAAUGUGGCCAUCACCCGCGCCAAGCACAAGCUGCUGAUGCUGGGCUCCAUCCCCACCAUGCGUCGCUAUGCUCCCCUUGAGAGGCUGCUGGCCCAUCUUGAACAGGAGUGCAUGAUAUUCCAGCUUCCACCUGGAGCCCAUGAGGCACUGCCAAACUAG